UAAAGAAAGAACCGUGAGGUGGCUUAAUGGUUGACUAACGGCUACUAAGAAAAUCAAAGAUUUUUGAGCUCACACUCUGAGAAAAUUUUAUAAAACUUUCCCAUUUCAACAUUUAAUCCAUGAAAUUUGAAUUUCGAGCUUCAAUUAUUCAUUUCUAAAAUCCUUUACCAUGUCCUUAAUCUCAUUUUGGUCCGUCGAUUCAAACAAACUAAACCAAAUUUCAACCCCCAUUCUCUUUAUCUUCCUCUUCAUUUUUGCUCUCUUAUGGCUCCGGUCCAAAUUCCGGCGUCCCUCUUUACCUCCAGGCCCCCGUGGCCUGCCUCUGGUCGGUUACCUUCCAUUUUUAUCCCCCAAUCUCCACCACAACUUCGCCGAUUUGGCUAAAGUCUACGGCUCAAUUCUCAAGCUCCACCUUGGAACCAAGCUCUGCAUCGUUCUCACCUCCCCUUCCUCCGUCAAUGAAGCCCUCCGCCACCAAGAAACCAUUUUCUCCAUCCGAGAUACCACCGUCGUUGCCCUUCUUUCUUCCUACGGUGGAUCCGAUAUUGUGUUCACCCAAGACGAAAACAAUUGGAAGAAGCUGCGGAAAAUCUUCACUCGCAAAAUGCUUAGUAAAUCAAAUCUGGAUGCCUCCUAUUCUCUGCGAAGACAAGAAGUGAGAAAAGUGAUUAAAGGCGUGUUCGAAUCGGCCGGAACUCCGAUUGAUAUCGGUAAAUUGGGUUUCGUUGCUGCUUUGAAAUCGGUUAUGGCAAUGACUUGGGGGGGAUCGGGGGGACUGAUUGGAGUGGAUGGGACUGACUUGGACGCUAAAUUCAGGGAAGCGGUGGAUGAAAUGAUGGUGUUGCUUGCAACUCCGAAUUUAUCGGAUCUAUUUCCGGUGUUGGGUCGGUUUGAUUUGCAGGGGGUUGUGAGGAAGAUGAAGAAGGUGAUGUGUGUUUUUGAUGAGAUUUUCAAUUCUGCCAUUGAAGAACAGAGGAAGAGGGGAGGAAAUGGGAUGGAAAACAGAGGGUUUUUACAAUUUCUGUUGGAGAUUAUGGAGGGAGAGGAUAGUUCAGAAUCCAUUACAGAGAAUAACCUCAAGGCCUUGUUGAUGGACAUCGUCAUCGGAGGAACAGACACGACAUCAACUACCGUUGAAUGGGCAAUAUCAGAGCUAAUAAAACAACCAAACACAAUGAAUAAAGUUAUAGAAGAAUUAACAAAGGUCGUAGGUUUAAACCAAAUGGUUGAAGAAUUCCACUUACCUAAAUUAAACUUCUUAGAUGCAGUGGUUAAAGAGACUCUCCGUUUACACCCACCCUUACCUCUUUUAGUGCCACGUACAUCUAGCCAAACAACCACUUUCGGAGAGUACACAAUCCCAAAGGGUUCGACUAUCUACUUUAAUAUUUGGGCCAUCCAAAGAGACCCUAAAGUUUGGGACAAUCCUUUAAACUUUGAGCCUGAGAGAUUCUUGAAUGAAUCUAGUGAAAAUUUAUAUGAUUUCACUGGUAAUAGAAUAGAGUUCUGUCCAUUUGGAUCAGGUAAAAAGUCAUGUGCAGGGAUUCCUCUAGCUAAGAGGUUGUUGGUUUUAAUAUUAGCUUCUUUGUUGCAUGGAUUCGAGUGGAAAUUACCUGAGGGUUCAAAGUUUGAUAUGGAAGAGAAGUUUGGAAUUGUCACCAAGAAGUUGAACCCUUUGGUUACUAUUCCUACGCCAAGGCUUCCCAAUUUGGAGCUUUAUAAUAUUAUGUAAAUUUGUACUAAAUAACUGCCUCAAUACGGUUGCAUUUUAUCACUCAAAAGUAUUCCUAUGUUUGCAAUAUAAUGAUCACAAUGUAAAUUUACUAAGGUUUAUUUUAUAUAGCAUAUAUUUUCGGGGGGUUUUCAAGAAUAAUAAAAGAUCC